CCUCUAACUCCUCAGAGGGGAGGUGAAAACCACUUGUGAUUUCCUGUCCUGUGCGUAAAAAGCAGAAAAAGUGAGAAGGUGGGUUACAGACCAUGUUUGGAACGGCAGAGCAAUGAAGAGCCAAAAGUACUCCAUGCACCUUGUGAUCCUAUGUCUGCUUGCAGCCUGUGCAGCAUCCUCUGAGUCAGAGGAGUGUAAGGAUUGUUAUCGGAUUGACACGGCGACGUUGGUGGGGGUGGUUCUGGGCGACAUCCUCUUAACGGUCAUAAUCAUCCUGGUCGUAUAUUUCUGCACCAAGCAGACCUUCCAGAAGCGCAUCACUGUUGAUGAUCAGAAGAUUUAUAUUAAUAUGCCCAUGAAAAAAACAAAGCUUCAGUCGUCCGCAUCAUAAGCACCUCCAAUGAAUUUCCUUCUGGAACUUUCCCUAAACAGACUGCUAACAAGCCCCCCAGAAUCUAGCGGAUUCACAUAUCUACUUACCAGUCCACUGAAUCCUAUGAAAAAGGCAUUUCAUGGCACAGAACACAACGCUGUCGGCUAAUACGGACUCCUUGGCUCAAGAACUGAUGGACUGGUGGACCUGACACUGCCAAUUCUCUUCACUCAAUAAGGGGGAUUUAUGUUUAAUCACCAUAGAGACGUGGGCACGUCUGUAUCAGAGAGAAAGUGUCCCUUACGGAACAAAACAAUGAAUUGAUGUUGCCAAAAUGAGUGUCUGUGGAGAUGUUACGUUAUCAGAGCAAUAAUGAUUGAAUCUUGUGUAAAUAAGGGCCCCUGACCAGAAUAAAUUGUCCUGGGAUUGUAUAUAGGAAAAUAAAGUGAAUGCUAAAUA